AUGGCUUUAGCAAAUGCAUCUUUCUCAGAAAUUUUGGAUGACUUAUCAAGUCGAUUCAUAAUAAAUGUUCCAGAGGAAGAAUUGGCUUCAGUGGAGCGCAUAUGUUUUCAAAUUGAACAGGCUCAUUGGUUUUAUGAAGAUUUUGUCAGAGAACAAAACCCAACGUUUGCCGAUUUUAUGCAAUAUAAAAUUCGGGUUCCUGUGUGUGGUGCCAUUAUGUUGAAUGAUACAAUGGACCAGUGUGUAUUGGUAAAAGGGUGGUCAUCUCGUUCUGGAUGGGGAUUUCCUAAGGGAAAAAUUAAUAAAGAUGAGCUGGAUUCUACUUGCGCAGCUCGUGAGGUUCUGGAAGAGACCGGAUAUGAUAUAUCCCCAUUAAUUAGGGAACAAGACUACAUAGAACUAACUAUUCGCGAACAACGAAUAAGACUAUACAUUGUUGUUGGUGUUCCUGAAGAUACUGAAUUUUGUCCAAAAACACGAAAAGAGAUUAGUAAAGUAGAAUGGCAUAAAGUAUCUGACUUACCAACAUGGAUUAGGAGUAGAGACAAGGAUACUCCUUAUCAUUGUGGAGGUGGUUGUGUAAAAUAUGGGAGCAGUAGAUUUUACAUGGUCGUUCCUUUUGUUAGUAAACUUCGACAUUGGCUAAAAUCACAAAGAAAAAUGGUACGCAAAAGAAUAACUGAUGAAUCACAACAAGAGGAAUCUUCUGAAGUUGUGGUAUUUAAUGGUCAUGGUACAGACUCUGGACCAAAAGAAACAUCUCCAGAAACCUCUGUACCAGGUACAGAAAGCGAAGGUAGUCCUCAUGAACAAUCACCAACGUUCAGUGGGAAAUUACACGAAACAUCUUCAAAUAUACAUGGCACGUCUCAAACAAUUAUGCGAUCAAUGUUUAGUCUAGAUACCCCUAUAUCCACACAAAUAUCCACGUUUUCCACCUCACUUCCCCAAGAACUACAACAACUUAAUGCUCCUGAUGCGGGAUUAAAUUUUGAGUAUAAUCAAAUGCCAGCAUCUGAAUUCAUACAAUCUCAUUCAUAUUUCUCAACCUCACUUCCUCUUGGCCAAUCACCUUCUGAAUCAUAUAUCGCGAAUGGUUUAAAUUUUCAUCAAUCGACAUCUAGUAAAAUUCAAUCCUCCAGUUUAUCAAACUUGGAAGGUGCGAAGUUACAUAUGCCUAGAAGAAAAUCAUCAAUCGGUUCUAUAUACUCUAAUUCUCAUUCACAUAACCACACGACUAAUAGUAGUGACAUAACAGCUCCUGUCCCGAUAAAUGCCAACUCCAAUGCUGCCAUCGCUGCAUUGGAUCCGGAACAAAAACUUCGUCGAAAUUCAUUAUUGAGUUUAUUUACUGCUUCAACUUCAACUAAACAAUGUGAUGCAACAACUCCUAUAUCAUCUGUAGCAGUAGGUCAUGAUGAUCAACAUAGAAAUUCGUUGCUAAGCGUUCUUCAAUCUGAACUACCUUCAACUUCCAAUCAAAUUUACCCGAAUCCCACCUCUAUACCGUGCGAUGACAUCACUCAGCCUCAAACGCAACAAUCAUUAUUACAUUUUCUACCUAGUUCAUAUGAUCAAGUUAACACAGACGCUAUGCCGAAUGCUAAUGUACAUACCAAUACCAUGUUCAGUAUGUUUCAGCAUUCUACUGCUCAAAGGAACCAGAAAGGCAUGACAUCACAUUCUAGCACAAUUCCCGAUUCAAAUUAUUUAGGAAAUCGUCGAGAUUCCGCAUUCAGUAGACAUUCGAGUCAAGGCAUUGCCACUCCUAAAUUGUCGACUAAUGUCGGUCCUAUUGGUCAAGGAAGACCUUCGAACAAUAAUGAAAACAACAAUCCCGAAAUCCAUGAAGUUGCACGGAAAAUGUCAUUAUUGGGUUUAUUUUCUACGGUUUACUCGUCAAAUUCCGAUAAGAACACUCCAAAUACAUGUCUCACAACUUCCGAAAGUCCAAUAAAACCACAAAAUACUUUUUUUUCCUCUUCCACUAUGAACUCACAACUGGGCAUACCAGGUACUCCUAGUUCGCUAAGGGUAAAUAAAGAGUCAUUGUUACGUCUAAUAACGGCUUCUCCUCCGCCGCAAGGCGCUCCUUUAUCUCCUAAAGUAUUUGACGCAGAAAUUCAAGCUCAAGAAAGAGCACUGCUGAAUCUUUUAAAGUCGUCAAAUCCCUCGAAUAAUGGUGUUGUGAAUGAAAAUGGUUCACCGGAUCUUCGGGUUCGUCACGAACUUCUUGAUAGAAUUCAUGCAUUUAUCCCUCCAGGCGGUACGAAUCUAAAGGAUGGAAUUAAUUCACAUGCUCUACGCCCUGGCAAUAGUGAUAACCCCAUGGUCAAUUUCAAAUUUGACGUAGAAAAGAUUGUUGCGGCGUUAUGA